ACCAGACGAAGGAAGCAAAGGGGAUUUGGAGGACGAGACUUGCUACACAGAGCACAACUUGUCGCUGCUGCUGCAGGAGAAGGAACGUCCCAGACAGAGCACAGGAUGAAAGGCAAUAUAGAAAGGCUUUGUACAAAGGUUGAGUAUUUGUCCAACACAAACACGUCACUCAAGCAGCAGCUGUCCAUGAUGCACACGUCCAGUUUGAAACGUCUGACCAACAACAGUGAGAACCAGUCCAUUUUGCAAGAGUUACUGCAACACAUGUCUGAGGAGCACACCCAGCUGCUGCACCACCAUCUAGCACAGCUGCGGCUGUACGCUCAGGCCUGCGCAUUAUCCAAAUCAGCCCCCGAGGAAUCUGCAGCUGAAACUACAGUCUUGGUACCAGACCUGACCGACCAAUCACAGGACAUUUCACACAUGGCCAUGAUGUCGUCCUCGGAGGGCACCCUUGGGAACAUGGAGAAGACAGUCGUCAUGACGAUAACGUUGGAGGAGGAUUCGGAGCCGCUCGGCAACAUUGUCGAUAACCCCAGACAUACCGUGGGAAACGACGUCUUGCCUUUGGAUAAGGACAUUCAGUUGUCACCAAAUGACAUUCCAUACCAACUGACAAGCGAGGGACUGUCACCAAAACAUGCCACCUCUCUGUCAGGUCACGUUUAUCAAUCAGGUAGAACUCAUCCACGUCACAAUACAGGCUGUGAUGUCAUGCAACAGGAUUUUCACAAGAACAAAAGUUUGAAAUUGAUCUUUCCAACAGCACGCCAAAAAUAUUCUGCCCCGACGGCUUCGACAAAAGAACGUUUGAAGACGACAUGUCAAAUGAGAGACCACCAUUAAAAUGUGGGAGAACUAACAGCCUGAAAGCCACUUAACUAAAUAAAACCUGACAUAUUUUGUAAACAGUGUACGCUCAGUGUUGUCUUAGGGCUUAGUUGGGGGGGGGGGGACUUGAACUAAUGAGUUGAGUCUUCAUGGAAGUUUGUCUUACCUGAAUGAAAAAUUUUACCAAAGCAACUGGCCUUGGUCUCUCCUAUCUUUUCGAGUUCUCGAUGGGUAAUCCCGAAUCCGCUCAGUGAAUGGGUGUCGUUGUAGGCCCGAACAGAUCCACAUAGGUCCUCAAACACUUUAUAUCUACAUGUAUUACUGAAACAUAAACGAUGCAAUUUUUUUUUACAUUGAAACAUUCGACCGUAUGUAUAAAAACUAGCAUUUCCUUUUU